AUCGCACCGAUACGUGUGAGUACCUUCUCCCGUUCAUCACUGUCCGGGUGCAUGUGGUAAUAUCUGGUGGAAUCGCGCAUUACAUAAUGCCGUCAAACCGAUACACUACUGGUUUUUUUCUUUCUUCGUUUUGGAACCAAACUCGCUCAACUCGCGGCUAAUAAUAGGCGGAAUAUUGCAGCUACGGUGGGGUUGGUAUCGGUACCAUCGGCUCGCUACUUGCCGAUGCAGUCUGGGGUUUUUGUUUUUGGUUUUGGGAAUGGAAGGGGAUUGCCAAGAGUUAAAUAUUCCUGAAUAUUGGAGCAACUGGAUUAUUGAGCAUAUCGAUACAAAUGGGUAGAGUCGUUGAGUAUUUGAGCUAGUUUUCGCGUGCAAAAGAUGGUGAUGGUGUACGAUGCGUAUCUGACAAAGCCCCUGGAAGAAUGGUAGCUGAUGCAGCUCUGUUAAUGAAGUGGUCGUGUUACAUUGAUUGUAAUUGUUAGGAGAGAUAGCGAGGUGGAGGACAAAUAUGGUGACCUGAUGAGGUGACGUUCUCACAACAAUGGGAAGUAAGCUGUUUAGGAUGUCACGGUACACGGUUACAGAGUAAUGGGCUGUUGGUUCUACGCUCGUUUCAAAAGGGUGAAAGUUUCCAAUGUUUGUUGCUUUUUUGCCAGCAGAACGACAAUGAAAUCCUAUGUAAUUUGCACGAACAGUACCGGAAAUGACUUCUCGCACGGUGCGAGAUUUUGGUUUGCUGAUCGUCACUGGUCGGAUGGUCAUCCAUUAUCAGUGCUCAAUCGGUUGUGCGUGUUAACAUCGUUUUUACAUGUGUAUUGUACCCCAAUGGUGCGCACAUAACGCUUUAUUAUCGCUCAGGUUUAAUGUCACCGCGGUACUUUGUGGCGGGUAGGAAGCUGUAUUACAGACGCAUCCCACCUUAUAGCGACAACAAUAACGGUUAUCGUUAUCGAACCGGAAAUAUACAACUUGAACAGAGAGAUAGCAACAGCACAACAACACACAACGUCCAAGAUCUUCGUUGCGGGCAUGAUUUGCAUGUGUAAUAUUAGCGCUGCACGUUGUCACACUGGUGCGUUCAACGGAGCAUCCACAAUCAAAGAUCUGCAGCAUGCCGGUUAUCGAUACGAUCGGCAUCAGAUUGGUUUCAUCGUCGCAGUAAACGGGAAGGUGCAACACGAAUAUUUGACACGGAAAGGCGUAGGUUUGGACGGAAGCAACGACACUCAAUCUACAAUAAACCUUUAACCAAACCAGCAAGCAAACGGUGUAAAGAAGUACGUACUAGUGAACAGAGCGUUGAGAACGCGGUGUCAUCCAUCCAGGUCGUCGUACAUCAAAUGGAUCGACGACAGACAGAACGUUGGUGUAGGACAGAAUUGGGCCAGGUUGGCGUAAUGUCGCGUUGGCUGUUGCUAGCCAUUCUAGUGCUGACAGUCAGUGCAUCGACCGCAUACAAAGUCGGUGUGGGCCGGGCGGACUGUACUGGACCAUCGGUGGAAAUAACGUUUAUGGGAUAUGCACAAGUAACGCAGCGUGGAACCGGCAUUCAUCUGCGUCAGUAUGCGCGAUCGUUCGUAAUCGAGGACGAAGACGGCACACGGGUUGUGUUCGUCAGUGUGGACGCGGGCAUGAUGGGACACGCGGUAAAGCGCGAUGUGCUGACGGUGUUGCAGAAGAAGUACGGUCAGCUGUACACCCACGAGAACGUCGUCAUCAGCGGUUCACAUACCCACUCGACACCGGGCGGCUUUCUGAUGUAUCUGCUGUACGACCUGACCUCGCUCGGGUUCGUCCCGGAAACGUUCAAUGCGCUCGUGCACGGUAUCGCACAGAGUGUCAUCCGGGCGCACAACAAUAUGGUCGAGGCACGGAUCUAUGUCGCGGAAACGGAGGUACUGGAUGCUAACAUUAACCGUAGCCCGAGCGCGUACGAAAACAACCCGGAAGAGGAACGGGCCCAGUAUCGGCAUAAUGUGGACAAAACGCUGGUGCAGCUGCAGUUCGUGCAUGGGCGUGACGGUACACCGUUCGGUGCGAUCAACUGGUAUGCGGUCCAUCCGACCUCGAUGAACAACACGAACCGGCUCGUAUCGAGCGAUAACGUGGGUCUGGCUGCGGUAAUGCUGGAGCAGGAGCGCAAUCCCGGUGCGUUGGUGGGCAAAGGCGAGUUUGUCGGUGCCUUCGCGUCCAGCAAUCUUGGUGACUCUUCGCCGAACAUUAACGGACCGAAGUGCGAGAAGACGGGCUUACCGUGUGACGUGCUGACGUCUUCCUGCCCAUCCGGUGCCGGUGCAUGCUUUGCUUCCGGGCCCGGUCGCGAUAUGUUCGAGAGUACGGAAAUUAUUGCCGAUCGGUUGUACCGGGCCGCCGCCGGAUUGCUCAGUACGCAAACGACCAAAGCGCGAGAAGUGACCGGUCCGGUCGGUUUCGUGCAUCAGUACGUGGACAUGACGACGGCAGAAACGGUACAUUUCGAUCGGGUUACGCGCACCAUGGCACGGGUCCGUGGUUGUCUGCCCGCGAUGGGGUACAGCUUUGCGGCCGGCACUACCGACGGGCCGGGUGCGUUCGACUUCCAGCAGGGCACUAUCACGGACAAUGUGCUGUGGAAUGCGGUGCGCGAUUUUAUUGCCGAACCGACGCAAGAUGAUAAGGACUGUCAAGCACCGAAACCGAUCCUGCUAGCGACGGGACGGGCCCGCUUUCCUUACGACUGGCAGCCCAAGAUCGUACCGACUCAGCUGCUGGUCGUUGGUGACUUCGCUAUGGCGGCAGUACCGGGCGAGUUCACUACGAUGGCGGGUCGCCGGUUACGUACAGCAGUGGCCCGAGCUUCGGUCGCAGCAGGUGGUCGUGAUUUGCAGGUCGUCGUUGCAGGGCUGUCAAACAUGUACACCAGCUACAUCACCACGCCGGAGGAGUACGAAAUACAGCGGUACGAAGGUGCCUCCACGCUGUACGGACCGCACACACUGACGCUGUAUCUCGAGCAGUACAAAAAGCUUGUCGGUGCGCUCGUACGCAACGAGUCGGUACCGGCCGGACCAACGCCACCGUACGAAGACGACAAGCAGAUCUCGCUCACGACCGGUGUCAUCUUCGAUUCGCAUCCGCUCGGUAAAGACUUUGGCGAUGUGAAGGUACAGCCGGAACCGGUGUACGAUCGUGGUGCCACGGCCAGUACCGUCUUUAUUGCGGGCAAUCCGCGCAACAAUCUCAUGCACGACAAAAGCUUCUUUACGGUCGAACAGCAGCAAAUGGACGGCAACUGGAGUGUGAUCGCAACCGAUGCCAACUGGGAAACUAAAUUCCGUUGGGAACGUACCUCCACCAUACUAGGCUUUAGUGAUAUUGAAUUUAGCUGGACGAUUGGGCCAAACACACCGGAAGGAACGUACCGUAUCCGGCACUUUGGUUACUAUCGAUACAUACUCGGUGGUGUUUAUCCGUACGUGGGCGCUACAAACACGUUCAACGUGAACUAGUAGGGUAGCAGUGGAUGCCCGUAGGUGCACAGAUUGUCGCCAUACGCCGUAAUGCGGUCGUUGGAAUAGAAAUGAUAGCAAAACACAAACAAACAAUUUGAAAACCAAUACGAAUGAUUGAAAUAUGUACACAUAGGUUUGAACCAGUGAAUGUUUAGGCGAAAGAUAAUGAUGAGAACAAAGGAGACGUUUUGUACGAGUAAGAGUCAACAACAAGUAAUGAUAAAACAGAGUAAACAUUCCAUACCUAUUUUGUAACCAAAUAGACUAGUCACUGGAUAUUUGCGUUUAGUUAGAAAUUAUUCUUCGAUUUUGAAUUUUAGAUUAAACCAAUACCUAUCCCAAAA